ACCCGCUGUAUCCAACGAGAGUGGAUUUUCAACGAGCCCGAGAGAAAAGCGGAGACGGGUAGACAUCAUUUCUCUCUCAGCUUCUUUGGACUAUCCACACGAAGAGGCAAAGAGCCAACAAUUAAAGAAAAAAAAUAUCUUUAUUUUUUCUGAACUAGGAAUAUUAUCACCUACAUUAAUUCACCAAAUUAACCAUGGCCGACACAGCUGUUGACACUACCGUAACUGCAGAGGUUACAGCCAAGGAGCUGAAAGAGAAGAAAGAAGUAGAAGUGGAGGAGAAGAAGAAGGAGAAGAAGGAGGAGGAAGAGGAGGAGGAGAAGACGACCGACAACGGGGACGCACCUGCCAAUGGCACAAACGGUGCUGAUCACAGCGACAAAGCGGAAAAACCAGAAGAAGAAGAAGAGAAACAUGAAAAUGGGGAUGAGAAAGCAGAGGAGGCGCCCCCUGCUGAAGAGACUGAUGCACAGCCUGUGAAGCGUGCAGCUGAAGAGGAAGAGGAGAAGGUGGAGAAGGUGGAGACAAAAAAGCAGAAGACAGAGGAAAAUGGAGAUUCAAAAGAGGCAGAAGUGGAGGCUUAGGUCUCUGCUCUGCUACUUGUUUGCAGCACUGUCUUACCAGCCUGGUCAACAUCGUGUUGUAGAGCUUGUGCUUUCUGUACCUUUUGAGAAACAUUUCUUUUUGUUUACUCCCAUGUUAUCACAUUGCACUGGAGUCCUGAAACGUAGUGGCCCUGCAUCCUUUUUUAUGAAAUGUUAUUUAUUGGUCUUUAAAAUGAGCUUCUUUUUUUUUACUUGUACAAAUAGGGCCACAUCAUGAGAUCAGUUUUUUCAUUUCUUGAGGUUUUAUAUCGGUAUAUUAGAAGCACAAUCUCUAUUAUGUCAGUGCUGACCAGAUGAUUCAUUCAUACAGGCAGCUGCUCACCCCCUCCAAGGCUCAUGUUGACCUCUCAGAUUCACUUAAAGGACCAAAGAUAAGUUUUAAGCAGGGGCUAAUGGACAGUUGUUAGCAUUAUUAGUUGAGGCAUAAUUUCUUUGUGUUGAGCUGCUACUUAAUCCUUGGCUUGGCUGCCCUGUUAACAUAACAGAUGGUGCAAAUGAAUGAAGGGGCUGUCUUGCUCCUCCACGAUAAGAUUACUUGAUCUUGUUUCACGGAGGCAGGAUUUUGCAAUGUUAAUUAACCCCUCUUAAAUCUUAAAGCUUUGGUCAUUUGUUCUGUAUGCAUUCCACGCAAGUUUGUACCAUUUAUACUUUUUGUUUUUCUUACGUUUUCAAUGAAUUUUAUGUUAUGGCUGGGUAGCCCAGUUUUGUGUCCAAGACUGCCUUUUUCAGAACCAGAAUGACAUUCGGUUACUUCAGCCACUGCUUUGUAUAUUCUGAUUAACAAAUAAAUUGUCUUUUUACUUAA